AUGGACAGAAUUGCAGGGGCAUAUUCGAACGCAGCACGCUCUAUAGAGCCUAUUGGGCGAAUCUUACUGAUUCCCUAUGUGGCUCUGAGAGCGGCCUUGCAAUUGACCCAUUAUAAUACCCUGAACGUGCUUUCGUAUACAAAGCUUUUUAUUUUGUACCAUUACAAUAUGAUUUUGAUGAUUAAUGGGGCUAAAGAAGAUGAAAUAACAUUUAAAGACUCAUGGGAUCAGAAAAAACGAUUCAAUUUGACACGGACUUUCAAUGAAAGAAGACCGGUGGCAGAAAAUGUAAAAGAUUGGUUCGAAGCGCCAUCUGGCUUCCAAGACUUCAAUGACAAAAGCUGGAAACGAACGGAAUAUUAUUACGAGAGAUAUAUAGUGCAUGCCCCAAUCUGCUACAUCAAAAGAAUAACUUUCGCAGGAAACAAGACUGCCCCUUAUUUAUUUGACCCAAUUUCCGAAAAUACCAUCUCAGAGGACGAGAGCUUGCAAUUGUUGGAAGCAGAGACAAAAUUUCCUAACAGCGAUGCUAUCAGAGAUUCCGGUCACGUCAUUGCUCCAAGAGUCCCAUCUGACUUCACUCCAAAAUCAUAUAUCCUUAGCUCAGAAUCGGUAAGACAAAACCACAACUCCGGUCAGUUGGUUUCGCAGUCCGUGGCUGCGAAAUCCCCUUCGAUUACCCAGCUUUUUGAUGACCCGGAAAAGCCAUCCACUGUUGCCGCGCCAACUGCUCCACCGCCUCUUGUUCCUGGACCAGUGACCACUUCUGAUCCUUAUGUCACCGAAGAGAGACCAAUCAAGUCUUCUGACUCGUCAUCCUCAUUUCUUUACAAAAUCAAAAUUAGAAGAAAGCAAAAGCCACAGGAUCCUACUUACGGAAAUUAUGAAUUGGUUAGACAGGCAAUUAGAGAUUGUCUGCCUAAACCGGAUUAUGACGACGGAUCCAUUGGCCCAAACAUGGUGAGAUUCACCUGGCACUGUUGUGCACACUUUGAUCGAGAAUCGGGAACUGGUGGGUGCAACGGUGGAACUAUGAGAUUCGCCCAGGAAUUCAACGAUCCUGGAAACACUGGUUUGCACACAGCCAAGUCUUACUUGGAUCAAGUUCACGAAAAAUACCCAUGGAUUUCCUUUGCCGACCUCUACACUCUUGGUGGUGUGGUGGCCAUUGAAGCAAUGGGUGGUCCUAGAAUUGAUUGGAGACCUGGAAGAACAGAUUGUCCGGACUCUAAAAAAGUGCCACCAAUGGGCAGACUACCACUUGCAACCAAGGGAACCGAGCAUCUUCACGAGGUGUUCACCGAUCGUCUUGGAUUCAACGACCAGGAACUUGUUGCUCUCAUUGGAGGUGGACACACUCUUGGUGGAUGUCACGUGAAGUUCAGUGGAUUUGACGGUAGCUGGACAGCCAACCCUAUCAAAUUUGAUAACGAUUUUUUCAGAGUGCUACUGGAAGAUCAAUGGAAUUUGGAGGAGGUUCCUCGUACAGGAAUGCCACAAUACAACAAUGCUGACCAUAAUUUGAUGAUGUUAAUUACAGACAUCGAAUUGAUUAAAAAUCCUGCAUUUAAAUAUUGGGUGGAGGUGUACGCAAAGGAUUCUGAACUUUUCAUGAAAGACUUUGCGACUGCAUUUGCAAAAUUGCUUGAGCUUGGUGUGCACAGAGAUGCAGACGGAAUAGCACGGACCAAGGUCUAA